CUCUUGGAGAGGGAAGGAGCGGGAACCUGAUCUCCGCGUCGGGAAGCUUAGGUCGGCUGAGCCCUCGGCUCCCAAAGGCAGAGCCGGAAGCGCUACAGUUUGACCCACGAGUCCAUCUGUUUUCGAAGGCGUAGCCCUCUUCCUCCCGACCCUCUCCGCCUCCCCUUCUGCCCUUUCAUCCGGAGGCCGAAUCCCCCAGCCUGGGCGGGGCGGCGCAGCCCGAGCUCCCGCACCCGGAAGAAGCGCCAUCUCCCGCCUUCACCAUGGAGCCCACUGCGCAGUCCCUCACCGAGGAGGACCUGACUGAAGUGAAGAAGGACGCUUUAGAAAAUUUGCGUGUAUACCUGUGUGAAAAAAUCAUAGCUGAGAGACAUUUUGAUCAUCUACGUGCAAAAAAAAUACUCAGUAGAGAAGACACUGAAGAAAUUUCUUGCCGAACAUCAAGUAGAAAAAGGGCUGGAAAAUUGUUAGACUACUUACAAGAAAACCCCAAAGGACUAGAUACCCUGGUUGAAUCUAUUCGGCGAGAAAAAACACAGAACUUCCUGAUACAGAAGAUUACAGAUGAAGUGCUAAAACUUAGAAAUAUAAAACUAGAACAUCUGAAAGGACUGAAAUGUAGCAGCUGUGAGCCUUUUCCAGUUGGAGCCACAAACAACCUCUCCAGAUCAAAUUCAGAUGACAGUAAUUUCUCUGAAAAACUGAGAGCAUCCACCGUCAUAUACCAUCCAGAAGGAGAAUCCAGCACAGCCCCCUUUUUUUCUACUGAUUCUUCUCUGAAUUUGCCUGUCCUAGAAGUAGGCAGAACUGAAAACCCCACCUUCUCUUCAACUAUGCUUCCUAGACCUGGGGAUCCUGGGGCUCCUCCUUUGCCACCAGAGCUGCAGUUAGAAGAAGAAGGAACUUGUGGAAACUCUAGUGAGAUGUUUCUUCCCUUAAGAUCACGUGCUCUUUUGCGGCAAUGACAGUUUACUGCCUUUUAAUUUUUUUAAUGAUGACAAAAAAUAUUUGAAAGGAUAUGAAUCUUACAAAAUUGCUGUAAUGACUUAUUAACAUUUGAUACAUGUCUUAAAAUGCAACGUAAACAUACUUUGUAAAUAGAAUUUUUUAGAAUAAAAGAAGCAUACUUGUAGAUAGCUAAAGUAAGUCGUGUUGAUCAUGUACUCCAGUAUUUUCUCUUCAUUUUUGAGGUAAUUUAGUGUUUUCACUUUUGUUUUAUGUUUUAAGACUAAUUUUAAUAGAGAACAUUUCUCUAUUUGAGAAUAGAGUCUUAGGCUGGGAACAAUGUUUCUUCUCUGUGCAUUUGUGCUAAUAAGUUUCACAGUCUAAUAGUCCUUUCCAACCAUUCAACAGUACAUUUUCAGAAUUAAGCUGUUCGUAUUCGGUAAUAAAGCCAAUCACUGCUGGGAAAACUGCCAGCAUACAGAAAAGAAUCUUUUUCCCACUCAAUUGGGCUUACAGGCACUUAUAAAGUCCCCUUCUGAUUCAGAGGAAUAUCUAUCUAAUGGAGUUUGAGCCACCUACGGUGUCAAUUUGCCAAAAUACAUUUCUUAUUAAUCUUACUAAUUAAUACUACUUUCUUAAGAUUUUCACACUCUUUGCUUUAUCAUUUUCAUUCCUAAAGAAAAAUCUUGGCAUAAACUUCAGUUAUUACAUAUAAUUUAAUGAGAUUUUAAAAAUACUUUUUCUGUACUUUUUGUUCCCUUUUAAUGAGGACCACUGUACAGUUGAAAUAAUUAGAACAAAAUGGUUUUUGUGUGUGUAUAUGUGACAAUUCUGUUUUUAGUACUAUUUGGAACAAGCGGGCCAUUAGCUAGAUAUGUCUUUUUGUUCUAUGACAAAGUUUGACUAAUUUUACAAAUUUAUAAAUCUUUCAUUGUUUUCAUUAAACUAUAUCUAUUUCUAGAUAUCUGUCUCAUAUAUAUUUCCACUACUUGCAAAAAGCAGAGAUGGAAAUAUGCUAUUAAGAAUAAAUGUUAAGUUGUAGUGCUGUGUUUUGGAAGUUUCAAAUUUUUCAAUAGGAAAUAAAUACCUAAAACUUUUUUUAUAUGUACCAAUUUUAAUAGGAAACAUUAAUUCAGGUUGUGAGAUGGAGUUGCACUUCUGGAUGGACUGAUGAAAUUAUCAAUCAUGAAGAAGAUUGGCAUAUUGACUUUAAAAAAAUUUUAAAGACUGGGUGAUUUUUGUAGUAUAAACAUUUUCUAAUGAUUAUGGAGAAAUAUGUUUCACCUCCAGGGUAGCAUAACAAAAUAGUGGCAAUUUAAAAAAAAAAUAGUGGCAUAAUACUUAAAGAAACCUUUUUCAAAAGCAGAAGCAAGCUUUUCAUUUCAUUAAAAUAAAAUUUGAUAUGCAGUUACUUUUUUAAAAAUUUAAAUAGGAUUUAUUUGGAAUCAAAGAUCAUAAUUUAGAUAUGGUGUAGCACCUAUAUUUAUAGUUUUCUUUCAGACUGUUGACUAACUAUGUAGACAGUAAAAUUAAGGUUUGUUUUUUUUUUAAUUUAUUUUAUUUUUGGCUGUGUUGAGUCUUUGUUGCUGCACGCGGGCUUUCCUCUGGUUGCGGCGAGCAGGGGCUACUCUUCGUUGCAGUGCGCGGGCUUCUCAUGCGGUGGCUUCUCUUGUUGCGGAGCACGGGCUCUAGGCGCGCGGGCUUCAGUAGUUGUGGUGCGUGGGCUCAGUAGUUGUGGCUCGUGGGCUCUAGAGCGCAGGCUCAGUAGUUGUGGCGCACGGGCUUCAUUGCUCCACGGCAUGUGGGAUCUUCCCAGCCCAGGGCUCAAACCCGUGUCCCCUGCCUUGGCAGGCAGAUUCUUAACCACUGCGCCACCAGGGAAGCCCUAAAAUUAAGGUUUUAACAAACUUAGGCUUUUGGUUUUCUGAAUCCUAUGAAAUCAGUUUAUUUUUCCUUUAAACACUGAAAACCAGCUGUUGCCAAAAAUGUAUAAAUUUGAAUGACAGUGUGACAUGAUAUAGUGCAAUUGGUUAUUGGGUUGAUUAAUGCAGCAGUGAAAAUUAUCACUUAAUAUAAAAAUAACACCUUCGAGCUCACUUUUUUAAAUUGCUUUUAAAAAAAUUGAGACUUUUUUAGAGCAGUUCUAGGUUUACAGAAAACUUGAGCAGAAAGUACAGAGUUCCCAUAUACCCCCUGUUUCCUACAUUAACGUCUCACAUUAGUACAUUUAUUAGAAUUGAUGAACCAGUCUUGAUACAUUAUUAUUAACUAAAGUUAAUAGUUUACAUUAGGAUUCGUUCUUUGUGUUAUACAGUUCUACAUGUUUUGACAAAUGCAUAGUGACAUGCAUCCACCAUUAUAUUAUCACACAG